AUGGAGGAUUGGACUAUCCCGUACCUUGGACCUGACGAAUGGGAGAAGGACUGUGAUGGCUUGUUCAUCAAAUGGUCCCCCAAAGCCCGCGAGAACUUGCAGAAUGAUGCAAUCCGUCUUAGGCUUGACGUGAAUACUUUGAAGGCAGUCGCAGAGAACCUUGCCUGGUACUCUGCCAACAGGCAUGACGAAAAGGAAGUCUUGAUUCGGUGA